GCCAUCAUCCCGGCGUGCACCGCGGCGGCGGCGGGCCGGCCGCCAUGUUGCGAUAGUCUGUUGUUUUCUUCCUGCGGAGCUGCGGGGCCGGAGAGGCGGAGACCACCGGCCGCCUCCCGCUGCGCCCGGUCGCGGCCCGCCGCCCCCCGUGCCCCGCCGCGCGUCUCUGGGCCCCGGCCGGCCGGCGGCCCCCCGGCUGGCUUGGCGGGGCGACCCUGAAGGCCCGCGAGCACCAUGGCGGCCGCCCUGGGAGCGGGCGGAGGAGCCGGCACCGGAGAUGAUGACUUUGACCAGUUUGAUAAGCCUGGCGCAGAGCGAUCUUGGAGAAGAAGAGCCGCCGACGAGGACUGGGACAGCGAACUUGAAGAUGACUUACUUGGAGAAGAUUUGUUGUCUGGCAAAAAGAACCAGUCAGAUUUGUCAGACGAAGAGCUGAAUGAUGACCUCUUACAGAGCGAUAAUGACGAUGAAGAAAAUUUCAGUUCUCAGGGUGUCACAAUUAGUUUAAAUACCACGUCUGGCAUGGUCACAUCAUUUGAACUGUCUGACAACACCAACGACCAGUCUGGAGAACAGGAGUCCGAGUAUGAACAAGGAGAGGAUGAACUUGUCUAUCACAAAUCCGACGGCUCCGAGCUGUAUGCUCACGACUACGCAGAAGAAGGGCAGUACGAAGGCCAGGACGCCGAGCUGCCGGACGACCACAUGCAGUAUGUGGAGGAGCACGAGGAGGCGCAGCUGUACAGCGACGAAGUGUUGGACAUCGAGAUCAAUGAGCCUUUAGAUGAGUUCACAGGAGGUAUGGAAACUUUGGAACUGCAGAAGGACAUAAAAGAAGAAUCAGAUGAAGAAGAUGAUGAUGAUGAAGAAUCUGGACGGUUACGUUUCAAAACUGAAAGGAAAGAAGGAACAAUUAUUCGGCUCUCCGAUGUAACUAGAGAGAGAAGGAACAUUCCAGAAACUUUGGAGCUUUCAGCAGAAGCCAAAGCUGCGUUGCUGGAAUUUGAAGAAAGAGAGCGACAGCACAAGCAGGGGCGCUACGGCUCCAGGCGGGGCGGAAGGAGAGGAGGCUCUGUGGUGUGUCGUGCAAUGGGAGACCAGAGGAGAGACAGCAGCGAGCGGGCGAGAAUAAAAGAUCACAGGCCGGCCCUGCUUCCGACGCAGCCUCCUGGCAUGACGCACUCUCCAAGAUUAAUCCCUCCUCCGCAGCCUCAGCCGCCGCCGCCGCCGCCGCCACCGCCGCCGCCGCCGCAGCCCAUCCGAAGUCUGUUCCAGCAGCAGCAGCUGCAGCCUCUGCUCCCCCUGCAGCACCCGCACCACGCCUCGCCCCCCCAGGGCGUGCACAUGCCGCCCCAGAUAGAGGCCCCGAGGGUGAUGAUGACCCCGCCCCCCGUGACCCCCCAGCAGCCCAAGAACAUACACAUAAACCCCCACUUCAAAGGGGCGGUGGUGACGCCCGUCCAAGUGCCCUUGCUGCCAGUCCCGAGCCAGCCGAGACCCGCUGUGGGGCCGCAGAGAUUCCCAGGGCCUCCAGAGUUCCCGCAGCACACACCUGGGCCCGUUCCCAGCAAUUUCAGCCAGCCUCCCCGACUUCCUCUCCAGGACCAGUGGAGGGCCCCGCCCCCGCCGCAGGAGCGAGACCCUUUCUUCUUAGGAGUUUCAGGUGAACCAAGGUUCCCGAGUCAUCUCUUUCUGGAACAGCGAAGCCCCCCGCCGCCACCGCCGCCCCCCACACUUCUUAGCAGCACUCACCCAGUGCCCACCCCUAGCCCCUUACCAUUCACUCAGCCUGGACCAGCGUUUAGUCAGCAGGGACAGCAGCCCGUGUUCCCCAGAGAGAGGCCGGUCCGGCCAGCCCUCCAGCCGCCAGGUCCCGUGGGGAUCCUUCACUUCAGCCAGCCGGGCUCAGCGGCCACGCGGCCCUUCAUCCCUCCCCGGCAGCCCUUCCUGCCCGGCCCGGGACAGCCGUUCCUGCCCACCCACGCACAGCCUAACCUGCAGGGGCCCCUGCACCCCCCACUGCCCCCGCCGCACCAGCCGCAGCCCCAGCCCCCGCAGCAGCCCCCGCUCCAGCCGCAGCACCAGCCGCCGCUCCAGCCGCCCCCGCAGCACCAGCCGCCCCCGCAGCCGCCGCACCAGCCCCCGCACCAGCACCAGCACCACCUCUCCGUCCCGCCGCCGCCGCUCAUGCCUAUGGCGCAGCCCCAGUUCAGGCCUCACGUCCAGACGGCGCAGCCUCCGCCCAGCAGCGGCCGGAUGCAGUGCCCCCAGCGCCAGGGCCUGCGGCAUAACACAACUUCUCAGAAUGUGUCCAAACGGCCCCUGCAGCAGCUGCAGCCGGCUGCCCCGAGGAACAGUAAUCUGCGGGAGCUGCCCAUCGCGCCGGCGCACGUCAUGGAGAUGAGCGGCAGCCGCUGCUCCUCCACGCCCGCGGCUCCCGGGAAGCCUGUCGCCAGCACGUCACCACCCACGAGGCCGGGGGGUGGGCCCAGGAGUGCACAGGGCAAGACCGAAGCCAAAGUCAAGCCAGUCAGCCCUGCGGUUCAGCCCAAAGAGGAGGCAAAAGCAGAACCAGAGUUCCCUGACGAAGACGAAGAAACGAGGCUGUAUCGCUUGAAGAUAGAAGAACAGAAGCGCCUGCGAGAAGAGAUCCUCAAGCAGAAGGAGCUGCGUCGGCAGCAGCAGGCGGGCGCGAGGAAGAAGGAGCUGCUCGAGAGGCUGGCCCAGCAGCAGCUCCACCUGCCCCCGCCGGCCGCGGCCGAGCAGGAGCAGCCCGCCGCCGCCCCGUCGCCCACCAACGGGAGCCCACUGUUACCCUUCCCAGGUGCACAGGUCAGACAAAAUGUGAAAAACAGACUUCUCGUGAAAAACCAGGAUGUCACUGUUUCACAUGUUCAGCCCAAAACAUCCAGUUGUGUGCCAUCCGGUGCUAACACGCAGUAUCAAGGACAACUGAUGAGACCGUUGAAACACUUGAGACAGGCCAGAACCGUACCUCAGAGUCCAGCUCAGCACAGAGUCCUGCAGGUCAAACCUGCGGACGGGGAGGGGCCGCCACCCCCCUCACAGACCGCUCGAGUGGCGUCCCUGCAGGGCCGGCCCCCGGACGCCAAGCCCGGCGCGAAAAGGACUGUCAUGCACCGGGCAAACAGCGGCGGCGGAGAUGGGCCGCACGUCAGCUCCAAGGUCAGGGUGAUUAAGUUGUCAGGCGGGCAGGGAGGAGAGAGCGACGGCUUUUUUCACCCUGAGGGCCAGCCCCAGCGGCUCCCACAGCCCCCAGAAGUGAGACAGCAGCCCGCCCGCAAGGUGACGCUGACCAAGGGGGCCCUUCAGCAGCCCCAGCACCCGCCAGUGGGGUCCCACGUGCACUCGGCCGGCCCUCCGGGCAUCAAGAGCAUCCCGGGAGUUCAUCCGGCCAAGAAGGUCCUCAUGCACGGGAGAGGCCGAGGUGCGGCCGGAGCGAUGGGCCGGGGACGCCUGACGCCCAACAAGCAGAACCUCCGGGUGGUGGAGUGUAAGCCUCAGCCCUGCGUCGUGUCCGUCGAAGGGCUCUCCUCGUCCACGACUGACGUCCAGCUGAAGAGCCUGCUGACGUCAGUGGGUCCCAUUCAGAGUUUACAGAUGCUUCCCCAGCAACGGAAAGCCAUAGCUAAGUUCAAGGAACCAGCUCAUGCGUUAGCAUUUCAGCAGAAAUUCCACAGGCACAUGAUAGAUUUGUCCCACAUAAACGUGGCCCUGAUUGUUGAGUGACGUCUGGCAGGAGAUGCUGACCUGACACUGCCCGCGCUGUGGGGUUUCUUCGAGGAAGUGGCAGCGUGGAGUCCCCGCGAGCGUAGGCCUCUCCGUCUGCAGCCUCGCGUGGCUGUUGUCCGGAGCGGCGCACAGCCCAGUGUCGACGCCAGCACAGCUGGACUUGGGGACACGGCGGACUGGGGGUUGCUGUUAGACUGCUUCACGUUCUGUUGUCAGCACAGAGAACUACAGUUUCCGUUUGCUUUUGUUUUCCAAGUGCUCACAUGCAUGUAGACAUCGCUCCUUGUGGUCGCACCGUGUCAUCGGUCACUUAGCUUCAGGAAGGGACAUGAACGGCACAGAUUCUUGAGUAGUUUUUCACAGCAAAGAAUACUUGAUAAUGGUUGCACUUAUCUUCAGUGCAGGCUAGACAGGUGUUUUCCCGGCCACGCGUGACUUGCGCUGUCUUCUCAGGAAGCCCUCCAAAGGCUCUUGGAAAAACGUGGAUUAAAACGCGGGUGGUUGCCACUGACAGUUGCAUGUCCUGGAAAGCGGGGUGUGCGGUGGCUGGAAGCGGCACCGGCUGUGGAGAUCCUGCUUCCUGGGACUGCUCCAGAAGCGCCCCGUGUAUUCCCAGUGCCAGAGGGGACUCCCGCCCCUCUGCACCCUUCCCACAUCAGGCAGCAGCCCUGGCAGGCCCCACUUGACCUCCCUGGGCCUAGAGGAGGUGCCCGUAGCGUGGCCACCUUGCGGCCCUUCUGGAGUCCCCUGUCAGGCGGGCGACAGUUCACGUGUACCAUGCGAGGUGGAGGGCCGGCCCGGAGCUUGAACACCCGCUGGGGUUUUUUCCCUUGUUUUAAAUGCAUCCCGAAGGGGCAUAUUCGCGUCCCUGGCUUGGUGACUUAGACGUUCUUUGGGAACCUGGUUGGCAUCACUUUGAUGAGCUUCUUGUUUUGGAAGGCCUUUUGAGCAGGGCUGUUCCGUCCUCCGCGGACAGGAGCGGGUGCCCCCUCGUGCAGUGUGGCGCGAGCGACUGCCGGGCCCAAAGUGCAGACGGCAUUUGUUCGUAGCGCCCUGAACCCGCCUGAGGGGUUCUGGGUAGGGCCCUUCAGCCGAGACCCUUCCUUUCUGUACAGCAGCGUUUAGUGAAGUUCAUUCUGGGCAGAUUUUAAAAAGUGCCUUAUUCAGUGUUUCUGCUCAUGAAGAAGGCGCAUUGUUGUGGGUGUAUUGUGGCGUGGACCUGGACCGUCUGAGCCAGCGCUGGGGGCCGGGCAGACUCUGCCCGCCAGCUGUGUUCGUGCCGGAGACCGCCUGUCGGGCUGCUUAGUGGAGUUGGACGAGGUGGGAGCCUGCCACCUCUCAGCCUUCUGGGGGCCCUGGGAGCCUGUGUCGUCAUGUUCCCCGAGGUGACAUUUCUAGUUGUUUCUAGUUGAAGCUCCCUGAGCCGCGGGGGAGUGUUCAGACCCCGCGGGGCUUGCUGCGGCGCGGCUCCCGAAGUGGCAGCGCGUGGUAGCGGUCGGCCGGAAGACGGUGCUGGUGGUUGGCAGCUGCUUUGCAGAAGGUCUGGUGCCGGGGGCAAGCAGGCGGUCCUAGGAUGCCCUGGAACACCCUCCAGCCGAGGCACCCAGCCUCAUGGUUCUCGAGGGCCCCAGCGACGCCAUGGGAGGCGGUGUCGUGCCAGGGCCUCACCGGCGUCCACGGGCUGUCCUGGCCACUCUGGGCACCGGCAGAUACGGCAGGGCUGAGGUGGUUUCAAAGCGUAGUUGGUUUGGUUCAGUCCAGUGGGCGCUGUGUUGAGGUGAAGAGCUUGACGGCCUGGAAGCUGUCCUCGAGAGCACGCGGGCCCCUGCCCCACACGGGGCCGUGGGCGGGCUCUCGGUUGGUGGACUUGCUGUAUCGCCCAGGGCCACCUGCUGCCAUAGAACAGGGUAGUCGGAGUGUGCUGGGCCUUGACGCCAAAGGGCUGCACGUUGUCUCUGAGAGCAGGCCCAGAAACGCACCUCCUCGUCCGCGCGGUCCGCUUGUCAGUCCUGCGCGGCCUCCUGUGUUGAAGAUGGACCUUGCGACGACUUUCAGGUCUGCUUCUGGCGUUGUCUCAGUAGGACACGGGUGUCUGGGACGUGUGUGUCCUCUAACCGUCUGCACACACGGAGGUUUCCUCUUGCUGUGACGUUCUUGAAAGCCUCGGGCCAAGGGGUGAGAAGGCUCAGUGCCUCCGCCUCCCUGUGCCCGGCACUGCCCCGGAGCAAAGCCUUAGUUUCCUCGAAGGGGACUGCCAGAAAGGGAGGGAGCAGAAUUAGAAGGUAACAUUAUUGCCGUGGUCGUGGUCGGUGUGCUUUCCGCAGUGAAAUCAGAGCACCGUCAGCUGAGCCCUCUUAGAAGAUCUGUUGCAACCAUUAUCUUUGUUCUUUAUUUAUCAUGCAUUUAAAAUGAGAUGCAGAAGCAUUUAACAUACUGUGUAAAUACGGACCUUUUAAAAUUAAAAUGUUAAUUGGAAAUGCUUUCAAUUCAGCAACAAUCUUAGCUCUUUGUUAGUUCUUUUGUGUUGUCGUAUGGAAGUUGCGCGGACACAGUCCAUAACUGUUGAUGUGUUUUGUGUAUAUUCGAUUUUUAUAAAGAUGGUAGUAAGUCAAUACAUUUAUCCUGACCUGUGUAUUAUUUGUUCCCAGAUUCAGGAAGCUUGAGUCAGUAAAUAGCAGAGUACCGCGUAAGGUAAUCGUAGUAGGUUCUGUGGAGCCGAGGCACUUUUUCUUCCUGCAUUGUCUUGUUUUGACUUUGUGCUGUAAUGUAAGCUCGCGGAGCCGCUUCUCCGAGCACUGCCGUUGGUCCGGCCACGUUGUUAAGUCCUUCUAAUGAUACUUUUCUAAAGGAGAAAUUCUGUUUUUUUUCCCCAAAAGAAAUGUUGAGGGGUCCCCCCCUCUGGACAGGCAGCGUCCCGUGUAGGUGCCGGUACCCAUUGCCCCGGGGGGACUGGCGGGGGGGGGAGGGGGGCUUCAUGACUGCUUUUCACGGGCUUGUUUUCUCUUGAUUUGUACUGGUCCUGGAUGAACGCUUGUUGACGCGGGGUUCUGGGACAUCUCUGAAUUGUUGCUCAGCUCAGAUCAUGCACCUAGGGGUCCGUUCUCGAAGAACAUUGUCCUUACUUGGCCAGCAGAAGACUUUGUUGCCGGUGGCCGGAGAUUGGGAGCCGUCCAGGGUGGAGGGGGUGGGGGGGUGGGGGGGUUUGCAGAACGGAGGAGUUGUAAUAAGAUUUAUAAUGAACCUCAGACACACAGACUCUUUAAGAGGAGUCGGCCAGUCAGGUUGGGAGACGGGAGGGCUCGCAGGCGACUCUCGCUGGGGACGGGAGGGCGCCCGCCCGUCUGGAGAGUCACCGUUCCCCGUGUGGGCCUUGAGCUGUUCCUCGGGAGGAGGCCGGACUGGCUCCCUGGGCUGGAGACGCGGGGACGUGGGGCCUUGCUCAGAGGGUUGGUGUUGAGAGACGAUCCUUUCCAUUCUUUUUUCUUUCAUUUUCUUUUGGCUUUUGGUUUUCGGUUUUGUUCUGUUUAUUUUGGUUUUUUGUUUUGUUUUGUUUUUGUUUUUGUUUUAAUUAAUUUCUUUGUUGUUUAAUUGAAGGUAAGCUCACCGUGCUGGUGGACCGCUGGACUGACAGGGACCCUGUUGCGGACAGUUGGGUUUUGGUAGGGGUCUGCGUGCCGAGUGCGGGACACCCUUGAGCACCCCCUCGUCACACGUAGCUCCCCAGAGAGCCCCUGCGCCCGGCCGGCAGGACGUGCAUCCCCGAUCGGCUUGGGCCGCCCUUCGCGGAUGGCUCUGGGCUCCCUGCCUGGCAGGCUGCCCUUCUCGGGGCCGUUUUGGAUUUUCCCCCCCUUCUUGCUCGGAGGACUCGGGAGUCUUCCAUGCUCACUGGUAGACCUGAUCUUCCUUCUUUUAGUCAGGCACUGAGUCCCAGCACCCACCCCCUUUUUUAUUAUUCGGGGUUGGGGUGGGGGGUGCUUCUGAGAGAACCCUUGUUGGUUCUUUACAGAUUUUUAAGUGACAUUAUUCUGAAGAGGGGUUUCCUGAAUGGGAGGGGACAGGGCCAGCCAGGAGCCGGUUGCCCCCAGCCCCACCUCCUGUGAAGGAAGCCACAAGUUUAGAUCAUGCAGGGGAAAGUUUAGAUACUUUACUAUGUUUAAUGAGCAUUUUGAUUAAUCUUCUCAACUAUUUUUAAAACUUGUGAAUGAAGCUUUAUUUUGGUAAAUAUGAACUCUCCCAAGGCACUUGGCCUUGAUUCACUAGUAAAUCCUAAGGAUUUUGUGUAAGGUUUUUUGCAACCUAUUUAAUUGUCAUUAUUUAAAGCGCCCAUGGUUUUAUGUCCUAGAACCAAAGCAGAACUCCCUGAUUCAUAUUGGAUCCCAGGUGUACCUUCUUCUGGUAGCGCGUGGUUGGGAAGGAUCAUUGGUUUUACACGUUGUGACCUGCCUGUUCUAGAGAAUGUUUUUAAAACUCUUAACUCUCUCCCUUCUGUGCUGUGUUGUGGUCGGAAAUCUUGUUGAGACAGGCAGGCAGAGCAGGUAUCUUUAGUGAGAAAUUGCUUUUCCCUUUUAUUUUUAACCAACUAAAAUGUAAAAAGAUUAUGUUGGUAUUUUGCUCUGUUUUAUUUUACUUAUUUUAAAACGUAUGUAGAAAAAUAGAGGCCCUUUAAAGAGAAACAGUGUAGUUUAAAAUUUUUAAUACAUUGCAGAGUGACCUAUUUUAAUACAUACUGUAUUUAGUAAUAUACUAGAAAGUAGAACCUGGGGUUCUCUUAGCCAUGAUUUUUCUUUAAAGUUAGUUUUCUUUGUAAGGGCACACGUAGUGGAAGCUGAUUUUUAAAGGACUCUUUCCGUUUUGUAGCCUGCGGUGUUGGCUUAGGCUCCGAUGUGGGCGUUUGAACCAGCAACACACAGCACACGGUCACCCUCUGAGCUUCAGGGCAAGCGAGCCUUUGUGCUGAUCAUCUGUCUUUGCUCUCCACAGGCCUGGGAUCCAGGAUCGCUUUUCCUCUGUGAGGAUUUUAACUCUCGGUCUUCGCCUUUAAUUCCACACUUUGAUUUCCAGGUUUGACGACAGCGAAGCCCGAGAUCUUCCCGUUCCGAGCUGCCGCCCCGUGUCGGGCGCCUCCUUCCUUCCUGUCCUCUUGCACUUUUCCUCCCCAAACCCGCCCGUCAGCCCCGCGGAGAGCUCCUCUCCCUGCUGGAAGAUCACUUUCCUUGAGCUCCUCAUCCCUGGAGGUCCUCCUCCUCCUCCUCCUCCUCCUCCCCGCCUGCCUCGGCCGUGGACUUCCUGGUCGGCCGCCGGCGCUGCAUCCUUUCUGGCUCCUCUGUCGGGUCUGCCGUCCAGAACCCCUCGGGGAGGGGGUACGAGGACCUCGUGCAUGUCUCGGCACCGUGUUUCAGCUCGGUUGCAUCUCAUCCUUUGCUUUGACAGGUCUUUACUCACGCUUUGUCCCCCCAGGUGUCCGCUGGAGAAGCGACGGCUGACUUCCGUUACUUUGCAGUUUGGCUUGUAGGAGCGCGGGCGCCCUGGCCGCCGGCGCGUGCCGCUCGCGGGCCGCUGCCCUACUCACCCCUUGUUUCGCCUCUACUUUUGCAGGACCUCUUGUGCAUGAGUUCAGUGUUAGUUGGGGCGCGCCGGUUUUUCCGCUGGAAGUGGUGGCCUCUUUGACCCUUUGUUACCGCUCUCGCUGUGAUCCUUCCUAACCGUAACGCGCGGCGCUGCCCGGCCGCCGUCUGCCGGCUCCGAGGCGGAGUCGCGCGCUGUGUGUGCGGGGAGCGCGUUGAGAGUUCAGAAACCACCAGAUGACUGAGUUGCUUUUCCUCUGGGUGGGUCUGCUGCGUGUUUUCUACCAGACACUACACUUGCCACUGUGGGAGAUGCGUUGCCUCGCCUUACCCCAGUUUUCACUUGCGCUAAUCCCUGUGACAGCUUUAUCAGGAAUUCAUGUGAAGUACAGUAGUGACAUGGUCGGAAAAAAUGUACUGUGUGUAUCAUUUGUGUGACUGCGUGCCGAGACGUGUCUCGGACUGUACUGUAAUUUGAAAGAUUUGUUAAUAAAAUGCUUUGCACUUCU